AAUACCGCACCAUUGGUAAACUUGCAAUGUCUGUCGAGCUGGAUUCCAUUUUCAAGCUCCGAUUUUAUCGUAAACAAGAAAAAUGGGUCCUGAAUAGGACACGCAAGGAUGGUGGAAAAGAAAAAGAGGAGCAGCCUCGUAAAAGAUAUGUGUCUUGCCUCAACGAGACGUACACGGUGGAUGAAGCCUCCACCACCCUCAACGAGGCUUUCGUGGAGACCGGACCGAAAUCCCCAGGUCAUGACCACUCAAUGGAUGCUGCCUACCCAGCUGCCAGGGAGUAUGAUAGCUCAGUAGAGGAGUUCAUGCUGGGAGCGCAGGACGCGGCACAUUCCAGCGAGAUUGAGCUGUCAGAUGGAGAGGCACCGCAGAAAAACCGCCAACGUCGUCGAGCUCCAAGGCCAACGUUGGACGAACCCGAUGGCUUCCUCGAUGGGUUUUCCCGGCAGGUGGUGCUGUUCGAAAAUAAAAUGAUCCUCGGGCGGGGGCGGGGCCGGCUGCUGAGGGGCGGGGGGGGCUGGUCCUAG